AUGGCUGCUGUAAUAAACCCCGCCCCCGAUGCACUAGAAUCUACGCCUCCACUUGGUACAGACAACCCGGGAACACUCUCCGAACUCUUGUCACAAGUCGCAGGUCGUGAUUUAUCCCAAUCUAUUGCACAAUCAUACCUAAAGCAUUUAUCUGCUCUCGACCUACAAUCCAUCAGGCUUGAACCCUCGGCACUCGCGUCCGAAUCCUCCCAGCUUAGGACCGAGCUUACGAACCUUUGCCAUGACCAGCAUAGUACUUUUCUGACCGUGCACUCGACCACACGCGACCUCGAUCACUCUUUCGGAUCGCUCGACGAAUCCCUCGGAAAGCUACUCACAGUGUUACCCGACUUGGAGUCCCAGUGUCGCGCAUUUGCCGCGUCAACACGCGAAAUACAACAGUCGCGCAGUCGAGCAUCUUUGGUACUCGAGCAACACGACAAAUUACUCGAUGUACUGACGAUACCACAACUGAUUGAGAUGUGUUCUCGGAACGGAAAUUACGCAGAAGCUCUGGACCUUGCGGCUCAUGCUGCUACACUUGCAAAUCGUUUCCCCGACAUACAGGUUAUUUGUGACGUUGCUGCCGAAGCCGAGGCUGGAGUUCGUAGUAUACGCGCUACUCUUCUAAUGACACUAAGAGAGCACGCCAAGCUCCCGGUAUUAGCCAAAGCCGUUGGUCUUUUGCGCAGAAUGAAGGCGCUUGGUGAAGACGAAUUGGCAUUAGCAUUCCUAACAGGGCGCGUGGCCAACCUCAAUGCGUCCCUAGCUUCCAUCGAGAGAGACGGUGCGGACCAAUUGGAAGAAUCUGCAAGGUACCUUAAACGAUACAUUGAUGUCUUUAGGGAGAACCUCCAUGAAAUCGUGACCCAAUUCUCCACCAUAUUCCUUGAGCGACCCUAUACAGAUAGUGUACAAACAGGCUCCAUUCCCAUUCUACAGGUCCACACUCAUUUGUUGGGCGAAGUUGCCCACCAUGUUAUCGAGCUUCUGCGUUCUGUUUUAAGCUUUACCCUUCCACACAUAUCCGACCCAUCCGCGCUCAAUGCGCUACUCUCACAACUCUCAUAUUGUGGCUCAGCCUUUGCUCGUAUUGGUCUCGACUUUCGAUCUAUGCUCCCGACCAUAUUUGAACAAGCAGUCGUCACUGGGGUUACAAAAACGUUGAAACAAGGGUCCAGUGCCUUUUCUCAGCGAUUACAACAAAGACAGAAAUCUCAAAAGCUCCCCAUGCUGUGGUUGAUUACCCCGGAGCAAGCCAGCAACCCCCCCAUGGCGCCCCGUCCCGAGGCGGGGCCCGUAAAUCACCUCCCGCCAUCAUUGCUUUCUUCAUACCCACCAAUCGCCGUUCUCACCAAUGUCCACAUUACCGCUCUUAACCAAAUUCGUUUGUUAGCCCCAGCGCACAUCCUUCCUCGAUUAUACGACCUCUUCUGUACGAGCAUCGCCGAAUCUAGUUCCGCAUUGUUGGCAUACUCCAAGGAAGUAGUAGCCUUAGAAAAGACUAAACCGCGGCGAACAAGCAACGACGGCGAAGACGAGCAAAAUCGUGCCGUUCUUGCGGGCGCAGGCUUGGCGCUUUCACGUACCCUUUCUUCAUUCGUUUUGUCUGGGCUUGUGCACGGCGUAUAUGCGCGACCCCUCGAAGACUGGACGCCUCCAAAGACCGAAGCCUUAGUUGCUCUUCAGGAGACCGAAAAGAAGUGGGAAGCAUGGUUAGAUGAAUUGGGGUUGCUGGAUCGUGGUACGGUCGCUGAGGCCCCGGAGGACGAGCCCGCUGCUCCGAGUGAAGUGUAA